UUCAAUUCAAAAUGUUUAUUUUUCAGUGCUAAAUUUACAAUGAUGGAAGUUUGCGUUAACAAUAACCAGCCUGCUGCUGCUUUUGAAUGGUCGGGAUGCCAACCAGUUCAAGCUGGCAGUGCUCGUCCAAAGAGGGACUUCCGAUUCCAGGUGAUCGAAGUCCGACAAUGCCCUAAAUGGUUCAUUUGGCCUAGCCGCAAUCGCCGAAAUGUGGACGAAACCGAUGAGAACCAUAAUAAGGAAGCCAAAACAGUUGGCAUGGAAAAUGACUAUCAACAACCCAACUACAGUAAUCAAAAUCAAUAUGUGAGCUAUUGUACGACACAAAACGGCUAUGGAGCGAUGCGACGUAAUGUACUACGUGGCUCGAAACGUAUGCAAAAUGAAAAAGAAGGAGGAGUACCCGGCCGAACUGCCUCAGAACCCGCUCGACGAUUAUCGGCAAAAAACAGCAAGGCAACCACUGAGCCAAUCUCGCAGGGCAGUCCUUCAAAUACCUUCAAAAUCCUCUCAAUCGCGAAGAAAUGGGAAAGUUUCGAUGCGACCGACGACGAGUCCGAAGACGUUCCUGUAACCAGCUCACAUAUGAGCAUCGUUGACAGCGAACGAAGGUGGACGAACUGUUAAAAAUUGCCAUGACCCAGUCAUCCCUGAAUUUUAAUCCCCGGUGUCACAUACACUGAUCCCAUAACAUCUAGCCAGUGUCGAACCCGUCUCUUGUACAUAUCUUCCCCCAUUCAAACUCCCUGGACAACAGAUAAUUGAUAAUGUACUACGCUUUCCGCCUUUACGGUUACUCACUGAGCCACAAUCAUUCAUGUUGUCUGUUCUUUUCUGCUCACACGUCAUAGCGCUUUAUCAGCCAUGUGCGUCGUGUCGCGAGCCUCGUUUAUACUUCGGUCCAGUAAUCUGUAACAUGUAAGCCAUGUCCGCAAACACACAAAUUAGAAGAUUAUUUUGACUAAAGGCCAAUUACCGAAGUGUGAACGAGGAAGUUUUGUGAGUACGCUAUUUGAAAUUAAGCGGGUCUGUAAAUGAGGAAAAGAAAUUUUCCAACAACGUCCAUUGUAUUACUGUGUAUCAGCUAGUAUUACUGGGUCUGUUCGAGGUUCUUCUUCUCAUUUCUCUUUAAUCAUAUAUGGUUGUUUCUAGUAGGAUAAUAGUUGUGAUAUAAUACACAACCCCAACCCCUAGUGUUAAUGCUAUUAUUGACAAGUUGAUAGGUCACACCCUCUAGCCCUGAAAAAAUCGCAUUAUCGCUGUAAGCACACAUCAUUCAUUCAUUUUCUUCAUUGAUACGGAAUUUUUCCUGCGUGUGAAAAUUCGUUUCUGUGUUGCUUUGUAUGUGUUUUGUGUGCGUAUCAAUCGAUAUUGAUCAACAUCACCAUCAACCGAUAUUGUGGUUCAAAAUAAGUUUAGGAUGCUGUCCAAUCG